AUGGCUGCACACUGUUCUCAAUUUCAAGAAGAGACAAGGAACAACCAGAGGAACACCACGGCUUCAAUAAAAAAUCUGGAAGUUCAAAUGGGUCUGAUAGCACAACAUCUAACUCUACAGACACAAGGUACUCUUCUGAGCUCAACUGUGAAAAACCCGAAAGACCAAGAAAAUGUCAAUGCGGUGACAACAAAUGAUAACUUUGUCAUAGAGGUAGAUUUGGAAGUGAGAGAAAAUCCAAAGGAGCCCAAAAUAGUUGCACUACCGAUUAAGCCACUCGAAGAGAAAAAUAAAAAGUAUGCAAAACCGAAAUUCAUGAAAGAGGUAAUUGCUAAAAAGAGACCAGUGGGAGGUGAGCCCGAGAUUGUAAUUGAAAAGUGUAGUAGAGUCUCUCCUGACAGAAAGAUACCAAUCAAGAAGAAAGAUCCUAGAGCAGUGGCAAUACCUUGCACUAUCAAGGACAAAAUGUUUAAAAAGGUGUUAAUUGAUUCUGAUUCAAGUGUGAGUUUAAUGUCAUUGUCUAUCUUCAAAAAGCUUGACUUGGGAAAGAUAAGUGAGAAUGGAAAAAAAUUGAAGUUUGCUGAUCAGACCAUCAUGAAAUCAUAUGGGGUAACUGAAGAUGUAUUGGAAAUUGAUAAGUUUGUCUUUCCAAUGGAGUUCCAUAUCAUGGACAUUCCUGAAGAUGAAGAGACCUCUAUCCUUCUUGGAAGAUCAUUUAUGCUGACUAGUUGUUGCAAUUUCGAUAUUGAGAAAGAGACACUGAAGGUGAAAUCAUUUGAUGAGGAGAUAACAUUGAAGGUGCUAGAAGUCAGGAAGCAAGUUGCAUGUGGACAUAACCAAUCUUCGGUUGGUAUGAUCGAAAUUGAGGGAGAAAAUAAAAUUCCAAAACCUCUCCCGGAAAAAGUUUCAUGCAUCGUCUCUCAGGUGGAACUAGCUCAUGCAUCUAUCAAAAGUCCUAAGGACGCUAUAGAAGUCAAGAAGAAAAAGAAAUAA